GUAAAGAGAAUAUUUUUAUUUUCUAUUCUCAUUCUAUUCAGAGAGAGAGAAAGAGACUUCCAUUUGUCGUUAUUGAUUUGCUUCUACUACUUAAAUAGUUUUUUUUUUAUAUUAUCAAAUCAACAACAAGUUUUAAUUAUGAGUUUAGCUACUUUAAUGGCCUGUGGUGAAUACGGUGAAGAUCCUAAUGUGCCUCAUUUAAAGAUAUUGGAACAACCUGCUCGCUGUGCUCUUAGAUUUAGAUACGAGUGUGAAGGACGUUCUGCUGGUUCUAUUCCAGGAUCUAAUUCAACACCAGAAAAUAAAACCUAUCCAAGCAUUCAAAUCGAAUCUUUUAAAGGUCCAGCUGUUGUCGUUGUCUCUUGUGUAACGAAAGAUUUUCCCUAUCGUCCACAUCCUCACAAUUUAGUUGGUAAGGAUGGUUGUAAGAAGGGUGUUUGUACCAUGGUGAUAAAUAAUCCGGACAUGAUUUGCAGUUUUACUUCACUUGGAAUUCAAUGUGUCAAACGUAAAGAUAUUGAAGAUUCUCUCAAAUUAAGAGAAUCAAUCAAAGUGGAUCCAUUUCGAACUGGUUUCGCUCACAAAAACCAAUCGUCCAGUAUUGAUCUAAAUGUCGUUCGCUUGUGUUUCCAAGUUUUCGUUGAAGGUCCAGAGAAGGAUAAAUUUACUAUUCCCUUGCGACCUGUUGUAUCUGACCCAAUAUACGAUAAAACUUUAAUUGGUUUUUGUUUUUGCAUUUCUUUUAUUCUGCUUUUGUUUCAUAUUUUAGAGGCAAUGUCUGAUUUAAUUAUAACAAAGUUGAGUCACUUUUCUGCUCCAGUAAUUGGUGGUAGAGAGAUAAUUUUACUUUGUGAUCGAGUUGCCAAGGAUGACAUUCAGAUUCGCUUUUUUGAAGAAUCAAAUGGUCAACUAAUUUGGGAAGGUUAUGCAGAUUUUCAACCUAACGAUGUCCAUAAGCAAGUUGCCAUCUCAUUUCGUUCACCCAAAUAUUACAAUGAAAAUAUCUCUUCACCAGUUACUGUUAACAUACAACUGAGAAGACCAAGUGAUGGACACACAAGUGAAUCAAGAUCAUUUCAAUUUUUACCCAAAGGAAUCGAUCCUGAUGGACUUACAAGAAAACGACAAAAAGUUGAAGAAAGUGAUUGUCUUAAUCGUUACAUUAAGGAUAACUCUUCAAUUAUGAGCCAAAUGCAAUCUACUCAACCUCGUGGACUAUCGCCCCUUGACUACCCUAGUUCUUCUCGUAGUCCACUUAGACCUCAAGAACCAGUUUCGCCUGCAAUACCUGAUCGAAUUGAUAUUGACCUUCAAUCCGAACAACAGCAAUCUCAAUGGAAUGAUUUCUCUCAACUUACUGGACCAUCUUUAGGUGGACCAUUAGGUAUUCAAAGAAGAUCUCCUUCAUACAAUCGUAAUAUGGUGAAUACCCCAUCACCUACCUCAAUCCCUCAUUGUAUUCAAGAAUCAAAUCUUCAGUCAAAAUCUUCUGCAAUCCCACAGACUAUUUCUUAUUCAUUAACUCCCCAUUACUCUCCCUCACCUCGGGGCUCACUUGACAUGUCAUCCACUAAACCCUUAGCCUCCAAUCAACAGCAUUUACAACAACAACAACAACAACAAUCUAAACAAUCUCAGCCAUUCCAGAUCUGCUCUGACAAUAUGAACCCACCAACAUUCAAUCAUCACCAACAGCAACUUGACCAACAACAACAAAACAAUUUUGGCUCAAUUUCAGGUAACAAUUAUGUUCCAGAUGAUGUAAACUCAUUUUUGAAAAAUCUCUCACCUGCUCAUCUAUCAAAUAAUAUGAUGAUUGAACCAGUUUCUCCCGUAACACCACCUCACCAACAAGUUCAACCAAGUUCGAGUUUUAAUCACUCACCUCAACAUCCCAAUCUUCCUACGAUGAUUCCAUCAAUCAACAAUAAUCUUAACAAUAACGAAGUCGAAGGUGCCUUAACCUCUAAAUUGGAUAGUUUGGAUCUCGAUAUUGAUUCGCAUGAACUAUUACGUGAUAUUGGUUUGCAGAGUUGGUUAGUCAUGAUGGACUCAGGCAAUAAUGUGAAUAUUAGUAACAGUGGUACCAUUAAUUUACAUAAUGAUCCCAAUACUCAUCAUGAUCAUUCAAAUCGUGCUUCCAAUCUGUGAUUAUGAUCUGAACAAAAUCUCAACUAAAUUUGUUUUUAUUUUAUUUGUUAUUACAAUGUGACUUUUGCUCUCACAAUUUUAAUCAUCUUCACCU